UCCGUGUAUUUGGGUGUCGUAUAGGCCAGGGAUGUGAGUUAGGGGCGACAAUAAUGGGGAAUAACCGGGACCCCGGUGCUCUGGAGUGGACACAACGACUGGACGGUGAUCAUCAAGGGGGUUAACGUGAAGAUCAGCCAUCUCGAGAGUGUUUUACACAGAUUCGCGAGCCUUGAUGGAUUUUAUUGGGCUCAGUGAUCAAUUAAUUGUCACCGGAUACCAGAUAAAGCGCAUAUAAUCAUACUGGAUACGAUUUAUCCAUUUCCAUGGCGUUAUCAUCGACCCAGAGCCAAGCAGGUCACCUGGACCCAGGCCAGGACUAAAGCGGGCUCACAGGGUCUAAAGCGCUCGAUCUGUCGUGUUUCCGGCGAUGUCCGCGUCCUGCAUCGAUCUGCGCAGCGCGAUUUCAGCACCACCGCAGCUGGACAGCGACCGCAUGGACCGAGCGCUCGAUCCCAGCCGUCAAAGCUCGCCAGACUCCGCCGGGGAAUACCAGACCCUCACGCUGCUACACACCGCGCCCGGGGGGCUCGGCAUGGCUCUGGAGGAGGAGCUGGCCAUGCUUACCCGCGAACGGGAGGAGGAUCUGGAGGUAUCCGCCUCAGAGACACCUGUGAGCGGACAGGAUUCUGACCUACUGUCGCUCUUCGGCAAAGCUCUACUUGAACGGAACCAAGACCUCACAAAGCAAUAUGACAAAAUGACCAAGGAUUUAAACGACAAACUGGAGCUCCUGGAGCAGGAGAAGCACGAGCUGCGGCGGCGUCUGGAGAGUCGUGAGGGCGAGUGGGAAGGCCAGGUGGCCGAACUGGAGACAGAUGUGCAACACCUGCAGGGGGAGCUGGAGAGACAUCAGGUGCAGCUGCGUGAGGCCGACCGCGACAAGAGCCGAGCCAUCAGCGAGCUGUCAGAACAAAACCAUCGACUGCUGCAGCAGAUCAGCAGGGCCGCCGAGGUGGAGAAACAGUUGUCUACUCAGGUUCAUUCUUUACGGGAUGAUUUCAAAGAGAAAAGUCUCUCCACCAACCAGCACAUGACGCGCCUUGAGACCCUACAGGCCGAGAUAAAGAUGUUGUCAGAACGUAAGCAGGAACUGGAGCGACGCGUGAACGCCAUGCUGGAGGAGAACCAGCAGCUGCAGCACACGGUGGAAGACCUGAGAGAGCGAACGCUGCUGCUGGAGAAACAGUGUCACGAGAAGGACUUGCAGGUGAGCGACCAUCACACUGCAAAACAAACACACACAGAGGAGCUGGAGCAGGAGAGAGAGCAGCUCCGACUGCAGCUGUGGGAGGCUUACUGUCAGGUGCGCUCCAUCUGCUCCCAGCUGAGAGGAAAUGACAUCACAGACUCCGCCUUAUCCACAGACUCUUCCAUGGACGAGUCUUCGGAGACGCUGUCGGCUAAAGAUGUCCCCACGGGGAGUUUGCACGCUAAUCUUCUGGAGCUGCGCAGACUCACGCAAAACCUGCUGGACGGCAACGAAUCUACGAGUUCACGGCGCAGUGAGGAGGAGGUUCUGGAGGAGCAGGUGCGUAAAUUGAGCGAGGAGCUGCGAGAGCUUCGAGAACUGUACGAACAGGAGCAGGAAAAAACACACAACAGCCAGGAGGAGGUGCUACAGCUCCAUAACCAGGUGGCGUUGCUCUCGGUGGAAGUUUCUUCUUCAAGAGAGGAAAAUGAGCACUUGAGAGCGAUGGCAGAAGUACACGAGCCCAACGAACAGUUACAGAGCGCUAUACGAGAUAGAGAUGAAGCCAUUGCUAAGAAGAAAGCCGUGGAGAUGGAGCUGGCGAAGUGUAAGAUAGACAUCAUGUCUUUGAACAGUCAGCUGUUGGAUGCGAUACAGCAGAAACUCAACCUGUCUCAGCAGUUAGAAGCCUGGCAGGAUGAUAUGCACAGAGUUAUCGAUCAACAACUGAUGGAUAAACACCAGGAGGAGUGGAAAGAUCCUCCGUACUCCUUCAGCGGGUCGCGAGGAGGAGCUCCAUCCAGACGAGCGCAUCGCCUCUCGGACAGAGACAAGCGCCUCUUUUCAUUCUUCAAGAAGAACUGAGAUUAUCUGAAGACAUGGAGGAAGAGAGUGUGAGAACAGACGUGAGAGAAGGGUACAACAAUCGACAGAAAGAAAGUCAAAAUCACGAGAUCAGUGGUUCUCAACUGGUUUUGCUAAUCAAA